AGCGUAUGCUAUUCUUUGGGUUGUAUUGUUUACACUCUAAUUCUUAGAUUCUUUCAGAGUCCUUUGAGUUAUUCCAAAAGUUCAAAAGGUUGCAUUUUAUUAAAAGGGAAAAGGAUUUGGCGUUUCUUGCCUCUAUUAUAUUCUCCAUCCUAGGCAUCUUUCGUAUACUGCUACGUGUAUUUUCUUUCCGAACAUCCGUCUGUUCGUUGUCGUUCUCCUUUCUUCUCCAUACUUACUCUCCUCUCUUUGCUUGGGAACAAGGGUUUUAGUGAACUUGACUGCAGCUCAUUAACUUUUGUGAAAACAACGUCAAUUUUAUUGCAUUUCGUCACUAGAAGAAACACGUUCUCUACGUGCGACUCGUUACUGUUUGACUACCGGUUCCCCGCUUCUUUCCCCCUCCAUAAAACACUAAGCGGAAGCUCCUUUCUACCCCAAACCUCCACAAACCACGAGUUCGAAGGCUACCAACAAAUUUUGGAUAUAUCUUGUUGAUAGCAUUCGAAUACUGUUUUUUACUUUUCCAACGUUGGCUUUUAUGCCAUUUUACCCUCUUUUUGGAUUCAGCGCUUGUGUCUGGUGAAAUUUUCUUUUCUUCCAUUCAUUAGUAUCGUUCUGCUCUUAUCUUUCUAUCUUCUAAAAGAAAUUAGAAAGCAAAGUAAAGCAGAAAGAAAUUCAAUUUCAGACGUUGUAUAAAAAGCUAUAUCUGUAAAUAUCUAACGCGUUGAAAACACAGAAAAAAUACGACAGAAUUUCGGAAACGUGUUCUUUCGUUGGAUACUCAUAUUUUUCCCUUCCCUUAGUUCGUUCAGUAUUUGUUUUUAGUGUGUGCUUUCUCGUUGCAUGCAACUUCUGAUUAGAACUUACACUAUUGGUUCUAUCGCUUUUUUUCGAGACUCCAGUUUUAUCGAUUUGUUCUCAUUUAGGUUCCCUUUUUUGCUCUUCUAAUUUUAUCUUGCAUAUUUCAUCCCGUACGUUUUUCAUCUCCUUUUCAUUUUUUUCUCGUUCUUUUUUUUUUUGUUUUCUAGUAUUGUUGCUAUACAAUAAGCUUUGUCUUCGUUAUGCGAUCAAAUUCUAUUUUUUACAAGGAGAUUGACAGUCCAGUGGUAAAGAAAACUGGAGUCGAACGUCCACCAUCCAAUGGAUCGUCAUCAUCGGGUUCUGACAAUUCACACAAAAAAAAGAAGAAAGGAUUUCUCCGCUCUUUGUUUUCAAGUAGCUCCAGUAAUGACGGAAAAAAUAAUUGUUCGUCUCUUCAUCGUAUUUGGAUUGAAUACUACGAAGUCUGUCUUCGUAAAGAUGAUGUCGAUCACUUUAAUCCCGGAUACUGGAUCCUAGACACUAAUAUCGAUUUUUAUUACGAGAUCCUUGUCCGCCAGGUACUGCAAAAACAACCUCCUGAGAAUCAGGGUCAAAUCUACUUACUUCGUCCUGCUAUGGUAUUUUUCCUCGCACAAGCUCCAGACCCCACCGACAUUGUAUCAGCCCUUCCACCUGCCAUGUUUAAUGCUUCCUUCAUUUUUUUACCCAUCAACGACACGAAUGAAUGUGGCAUAGAAAGUGGUUCCCACUGGAGUUUGUUGGUCGUUUCCGUCGAGAAGGGUUUAGGUUGGUAUUACGAUUCCAUGUCCAAUGGCAACACCAAUGAUUGUAAUCUUGCCAUUAAAAAUCUUAGCAUCCUGUUUAAAAAAGACUUUCGCAUUCGUCACAUGAAAACACCACAGCAAAUUAACGAUUGUGAUUGCGGCUUACAUGUUUGUGAAAACACCCGCAUUCUCAUGUAUCGGCUUUUGCAAAAGCCUUACAUUCCACGUGUCGACAUGAGCAUUGAAAAUACAAAGGUAGAUAGCCAUCGUAUCCGGAAAAACAUGAUGCAGAUUAUCACCGGCCUCAUUACAGAGUAUGGUUCUAAAGUUCCAAAUUCACCAGACUUUGUCCCUGAUUUGGAAAAGGAUAGCAGAAUUUUUGCUCGAAUUUUUGAUACUGUACUGUAUGAAGAUAAUUUCUCAGAAGACCACAAAAAACCAACGCUGUCUUCGUCGACGGUGUCGAUGUCGAAGAAGCCUAAGAGUACUACCUCAGUCCCAGUGAAUAGACACCUUCUUGAAACGUCUUCUCCGAUGAUCGGGAGAACAGAAAGUCUGCCGCAUGCCAAUCAAUCCAUAGAAAUCCAUUAAUCCAUUGCCUUGAUUUCUUCGUUUUCUCCUUCCUUGCUUGCUUCUGAAAAGAGUGUCUUGAUAUCGUUACAAGACUUGUGAACUAAAAAAAUAAUUUCGUGCCGUCUUUGUGUUCUUAUAAUUACUAUGCUGAGCAUUCAUUUCCUGCUCGUGAUUGACGUGUUGUUUAAACAAGACUUUUUCCUGUGCAAAUAAUUUGCUGGUUAUUUUUCUUAAAGUAAAUACAGUGCUUAUGCGCAUCAGAUCUUUUUUUAGGCUAUAGCUUGCUCGAAAAAAGCCGCUAUUAAAAGUAGAGCUUGAGCAGUACUUUAUGAGUUUAUGUCGUGACUUUUUUAUCCUCAUGUUUCUAUUUUUAUCGUUUAGUGAUUUGUUAAAUUACGCUGGUCAACCCAGUCGCUCGUUUGAAUGUUCCGCCAUUUUGCCAUUAUUUAUGAAGGGGAAAUGAUAUGAUUAUCUCUGAAUCCUGUCUCCUUCCUAUGUUCAUGAAAACAACGUUCCUUUAAUUUCAAUUAUAUUUAUUUAUAGUGGACUAUAUCUCUUGCAAUCAGGAUAAAUUCAAUAGCAAACCCGUUGCAUGUUUUUGAAUAAUUAAUAAAGAUAUGUUGC